AUGGCAGUCUCGUCCAACUACCUGCUGCUUGUCGCGAUUGCGAUUCUGGUGUUGCUACCUUCAGGAGCCGACGCUUUUGGCGCGGGGAACAUUGCCUCUAUCUCCAAAGUUGAAGGCAAGAACUGGCGCCAUGGAGACAUUGAAGAUAUGCUCGCGACAGUCGCCUGCUUGCGCGGACACAAGUGGAAGGCUAAUAUGAUCAAGCGCGUAUACUUUGGCAACUGGCUCCGAGAUUAUUCGCAGGCUGUCGACGUUGGAACCUUGGCGAAAGUCCAGUCUGAGACCAUCCGUAUCCUUGUCUGGGUUCUGUCAUUCAUGUCCUUUGGCUACGCUACUGGCGAAUUCGAAGUCACAGCUGAGAGGCUAGGCGUCUACAGGCCCGAGGAACAUAUCGAUAACCCUAAAGAUUACGCCGACAAUGCAGACGCGCGAAAGCUCGAUCCUCGACUGCGAGGCCCAGUAUCGGAAGCCGAGUUGGCUGUUGACCCGAACACAGGAAUGAAAAACUAUAUUGCCAACGAACAAGGGGGCUGGGCUACUUCCACCGGCUACGUGAAGUAUUCGUUCGCACGAGCAAUUCACUUUGGUCGAAUGUACACGCAUGGUCCAUCUGGUCAAAGUGGGCGCGAUGAAGACCUUGCGGAAGCACUUCGCUGCCUAGGCCAAGGUCUGCAUUGCCUUGAAGACUUUGGUGCCCACACCAACUAUACCGAGCUUGUGCUGCGUGAGCUUGGGUACACUAAUGUGUUCGCGCACGUUGGUUCACAGGCUGGCAUCACUCUUCACGGACAGCAUGUAUAUCCACUAGUAACCGGUACCUUCGGAGGUGUCGACUUUUUCCACUCCGUUUUAGGGGAGGCUACGGAUCAUAUCACUCAAUCGGAGAUCGAUGAAGUAAACACCGCCUUAGUGGAUGCUGUGUCAAACAACGCCCCCGGAAAGAGAGGUCCUGGCGGGCCUGAUGCUUGCAGCGGGCUUAUAGACGUUCUCAGCAAGGUUCCUGGAACCCAUGGCCUGAUAUCAGAAGCUCAGAAUCUGCAAGCUGCGUCGGAUGCUCAGGCUGCGGCGAACGCUCGUUCCGGAGGCUAUGACGACUAUAGUUCUCGAGCAGGUGGACAGCCUGGAUAUCAACAGCCUCCUUCCUUCGACGCGCCUCCAGGCUCUGUUGGUGGACCCCCUGGACCGAACAUUCCUGGCACAGACACAGAUCCAGCAACUAUCAUCCCAAAGAUCUAUCCGAUCCUAGUAUUUAGGGACAACGUUGUUCGUAGCAUUUCGGCCAUCGUGUCUAAGAUUCCCGGGUUGGAGAAACUUAUCGAGACCAUCACUGAACGGGUCACCCUCUUUGUGCUGUCGCUUCUUGCGCCUUUCAUCCUGCCAAUCAUCAAGACAGCAUCAGCCCAGCUGAAGAGCGGCUCUUCCGCCGUCAUUGACUCAGCUGCAAAGCAUCAGUUCGAGGUCUGGACGAUCCCCACUUCCACCAACCCGACGCAUUCAAUGCUCUCCAAGGACCACUUCUCUAAUAUCCUGAACGCCCCUGCCGGUCAAGUCGCCGUGGCUAUUCUGCAGUACGUCGCCCCUCGAGUGAUCUACGCUUGGGACCAUCCAGAUGUUCCUGUCGACCAGGUCCUUAAUGACUGCAUGCGCGUUUUCCACCACCCAACGCUGCGUGAUCCACGGUGCGAAGUCCACGUCAACAUGUUCGAAGUCGUCAAGAACUGGGCGCAAAACUACCAUGGUAAGGACCUAAAUAACCUCCUAUCUUCCGAGUCUGUGAAGGCAGGUAAGAAUCAUAGUGGAGACAAUGAUCAUUCGCAUGGCCAUGGUCAUGGCGCACCGGGUAUGCAAGGUUUCCAAAGCCAUGGCAAUGGACACGGUAACUCGUCCAGUGGAGGAGGCUACCCAGGCCAGCAGCAUCAAUCCAGCUCUGGCGGUCCCGGUGGGCUCCUUGGUUCCCUAACCAGCAACCUCCCUGGUGGUCUGGGUAGCGCCUUUAGCCAGUUUAGCGGUGGCGGUAAAACACGCGAAGUCGGCGAUGACUUCUCUGCCCCGUCCAACGAGGCCUACAAGCCUUCCCCCUCCCCGCAACCUUCACAGUGGGGAACCUUCCAGCCCUACCAGUCCUCCUACUCAGGCGAAGGGUACCAGGCUCCAGCCGAGUAUAGCGGCGCUGCACCGCCUGGAGGCCAUGGAUUCGGCCAAGGACAGUAUUCGGGUGGUCAAGGGGCGGAGCCGAGUUAUACGGUGCCAACAAACUAUCAGCAGGGCUAUGAGAACCCUGGUCCACAGCAUGCAUCUGGAGGGUAUGGGCAGCAGCCACCGCCUACUGGAGGGUAUGGUGCAUAUGGCCAGGGAAAUACUCAGGGUAGUACUCAGGGUGGUGGACGCCAGUGGGGCGGUGGGGGUGGCAAUGCGGCGUGGUGA